AUGAACAGAAACUUACUGAAUUUGACUCGAGCAUUCACACGUCACUAUUGCUUAAAACCACCAGGCCGUAAGAAUUGGCCACGUCCGAUGAUGUUGGGACCACAAACAUCCAUGCAUCCAAAGUUUCCGGGAUGGUGUCUUUACUAUCUUCCGGUGUCGGAUAACAAAUACCUAUGGUCUAUAAUCAUAUUUCUCUUCCAUUUCACUGGAUUUGCGGUACCUACACUUGGCGAACCAGUAAAAUUGCGACUAGUGUUCUCAAUUCUAGAUUGA